GAAAUUAAAGUGGCUGAUUGCAGCUAACUUCAUGCAGCGCAGACGUGAUGUGUGGAAGGCAGUGAAUCGUGGACAGUGUAUAACAGAAACCCAGUAUUCACAGUGGGUUUUUUAAGGUUUAAUUGGUUGUGUUACGAGACUCAGACCCAUCCUUCGCAAUUAAAGACGACACGUUUCUCUGACAGCAGCCGCUGGUGUUUUCGCGUCUACGGUUGCUAGCUAGCAGUUAAUACGAGCUAACGUAACGUCGGGGUCAGAAUUCGGGAUCAGCAGUAGUCCUGUUUGACGGCGAUUUUAGGGAUUAGUGGAGUUCCAGACGUCUGUGCGCCCGGUACUGCUCGAUUUACCAGAGGGACAUAAAAUAAUUAGCUAAAGGCUAACGUUGUACAGCUAGCUUAUAUGGUUUAUAGCAUUCCUCAGUGCCACGGCGCCGUGUCCACGUCUCGUCUGCCAGCUGAGCUAGGCCACGUCCCUGCGGGCGUAUUUCACUUACUAACAUUGGACGAAUUGCAGAGAAGAUGCCUAGUGAGCGGAAGGAGGAAGGAGAGCAAAGAUCACUAGAAAUGUGAAGGUCCUUUAGCGUUCAUGACUGUCUGUUAAACGUCUGGAUUUCCGAGCGCUUGCCGCAUAUACACGGCAUGUCACGUAGACGGAUGUGUUUCACACCGGGAGAAUAGUCUUCACUGAGCUCGUUAGGUUGCAGUAACAACCUGAAAUAUCGUUAGACUUUGUUUGGGAAAUGGUUGGGUUUGGCGCAAACCGACGGGGAGGUCGCCUCCCGUCCUUCAUCUUCAUCUUCUUGAUGGUGAUCAUCGUCGUACUGUCUUUCAACUACUGGACAGUGUCCAACAAGCACGGCCGCUUGCUGGAUGAGCUGGUGGAGGUGCAGACGCAGGUGAAGCGCACGGACGCGGCGCGGAGCCGGCUGGAGAAGCGGAACUCGGAGCUGAUGGUGCAGGUGGACACGCACAGGAAACAGAUCGACCAGAAGGAUGGGGACUACAGCGUCCUGGAGAGCAAGCUCCAGGCCAAGGAUGCUCUCAUUAAAAAGUGCACAGAUGAAAAGAUGAAGCUGCAGGAUGAUGUCACAGCCCAAAUGACAGAAAUUCAGAGGCUUAAAGAGCAGCUAAGGGAGCUCAAGCAAGAGUUCAUGAAGCAGGAAGAGCAGCUAAGAGAAGUGAAGAAAAAUAACACUAACUUGGAAAGAAAACUGGAAUAUGAGAGUUUACAGUGUGGACGCCAGAUUGCACAACUGAAAGACGAGUAUGAAGAAGCAAAAAAGACUCUGGAGGAAGAAACACUAAAGCUAAGACAGAGUGCAGUGGAUGGUCACAAGAAUGUAGUGGGGGGUAGACAUGCAGAUAGAGAGCCUGGUGUGGAGACGGCUGGAGAGCGCCAUACAGUGGCCACUCAUCGGCAUGACAGACACUCCGAUCUGAAAGAAGAGAUGGGUAAGCCCGGCAGUGAUGCUGGCAUGCCUGGUAUUGAAGACAGUGAGGUGGGAAAAAUCGACGAUGUGCAGUUUGGCUUGAAGAAACCAGCCAUUACCCAGAAACACGACGAAGCCCCGGAUGUGGUCGUGGGAGCUGGUGCUGGACCUGGAGUCGGGGGAGCUGAUGGUCCCGGAGGCCAGGGCAUGUUGCUGGACCAGCCCGGACUCCAGCAGGACAGACUGGACGGCCGAGCUGUAGCGAUUGCACCUCCAGGCAUCAACAAACAGGGAGACAAAUCAAUAGUGUUUGAAGAAGACAACAAAGUGGGUAUCAAGGCAGACGAGUUGGGAGAACAGCAAAGGCAACUUCGAGUUCCCAGUGAUGUCAGAGUUGAAGGUGAACACUUGAAGAGGAUUCCUCUGCCCCCCAACCCUGCCCAGGUGCCCAAUCCCAUCCAGCCUCACCACGCCAAAGACCAAGUUCCAGCAGAACCGGUACACCACCGUCAAAGCCGAUUCUUUGAUGAGAACGAGUCCCCAGUAGAUCCGCAACACGGCUCUAAGCUGGCGGAUUACAAUGGGGAUGAUGGGAACGUGGGUGAGUAUGAGGCCGACAAGCAGGCCGAACUGGCCUACAAUGAGGAAGAGGAUGGUGAUGGUGGGGAGGAAGACGUUCAAGAUGAUGACGAUCGAGAUAUGCAGGGAGAUCGGGCUGUGGAUUAUGGGAAAAAAAGACAUCAAGCCAACGACAUUCUUUGAAUGGAAACUCAUACAAUCGUAUCUCAUAAAAAACACAUUCAGACCCGUCUCCACAAGUGAGAUUUCUCUUGACAAAAAAACAUCAGUAUGUCUAAGAACUUUUAUAGGGUGCAUUCUCAAUGUCAUGGACUAUUUUGAAGAACAGACAUUGCAGCUAAUGAAGUAAUUCUAAAUAAUGUAACAUACUAUGAAAAAAAACACAAGGCAUUUCCCCAAGCUGCUGUUAAUUUGCUAAUGGCUUUAAGUUAUGACAGUAGAGAUAAUAUACUGUACUUUGACUGUUGAGUAUUUGAUAACUGCACUGGCUCAUGCCAGCCCUAAUGACCCACAUCUGAACUUCAAGGACAGACCAUGUUUUGGUUUAGCUACUCUUCUUCUUCUCACUUUGCUGUUGCUUGGUACAAACUCUUCAUCUGAGAUGUUUAUCAGAGACUAAUUUGGCAUUCUGCCUUUCUAACAUAAUCUUGGGACUCUUAUAUGGAAAACUUUUCUGUUUGUUUGUUUACAAGAGUGGGAAUACAUUACAAAUGCCAAGGACACUACUCAUGGCCUGUUGAAUCCGUUUCUUACUUUGACAGACUAAAAAGUGCUUCUCUUUUUUUUUUUUUUCUUAAAUGAUGCCAUUGCAUGCAUUUGAAACUUUUUAUUAAUCAAAUUGAGCAAAAUACUCAUGCUUAAGCAAUACUUAGAACAAUGUUGGUGUCCUACACAGUGUGAUUAACCAAGCACAUGUGGAGCUGACAUACUGUACAAAUGCUUCCAUGAAUGAGGUUUCUUGUACAUAAUGUAGUUGAGCUGUUACCAUUUGUACUGAGGAAACCGAAUUCCUCAUCUUUAGGGGAAAAUCUGUGAACAUAAAAUCAGUUCUGUUUGUGCAACCAGGAAAAUUGAUUUCUCAUGGAAAGGCACAGUGAAUGUAAUUUUAUUUUAUUAAAGGUGAUGCUUCAUGUCA